ACUUCGGCAUUCGCUCCCUUCUCCCCAGAUUUUGCUAAAAUCCCCCCCAAUCAACCCUUACAGCUCCCACAGCUUCCAAAUUUUCCAUCAACAUACAUGCUUUGAUUCCUACAUUUGACUUUGAUUCGGUCCAAGCUGAAACUCUCUUCGUUCGAAUUGCUAAUCGACGGAACAUCUUGAUCAUAUCACUGGUACGCUACUAUAGCAAACCAAACGCAUUUCAACUUUUCAGAAGUUUGGUUUCACUUGAACAAACCUGACGACAGUCGUAUCUGUCGAAGCUGAACGACUGAUACCUCAGCAUCUAUCUCUGAGGCUUUGAAUACUCAUUUGAAUCUCACUACCCAGAAAUAGCCAUGUCUGCGCCAACGCUCAUCAAUCUUCCCCCGCCGCCGUCAUCGGAGUCGGUGACUCCAUCGGACAUGGGCCCUGGUACGCCAAACUCCACAACGACGUCGCUUUCUGCUCUCUCAACUACGGCAAUCAAAGACGGUCACCAGGGACACGCUCCGCCCCAUAGCCAUCACCAUCAUCAUCAUCAUCACCACGGAUCUUCGGCCUCUACUACAUCUAAUAGCACGCUCGAGGCUGAACGGGCUGAUCGUAUUUCACGACUUGCUGGCCUCGAACGCGUCGCGAAUCAUCGACAUGGAGGCGCAGCCAAUUUGGCUCCCAGCUCGAAUCCGAUGCAGGCGCCAGGAUACUUUGAGAGUCAGCAGCAAUGGCGUGAUCGUAGCACUGUCGGCAGCGCAAGCGCCACUGGCAGCGUUGGUGGACGUACCACUUGGGCAAGUAGCAGCGACAUCUAUGACCCGGAAAAGAUGAGCGAGGACCCCGACGAUGGCAUUUCCAGUGUCGGCGGCUUCUCGGAUGAAGGUGCAAGUCUGGUGGGUUUUGGAGAAACUGCCAGUUCCACAAGCGGCGGUCCCACGGCAAGCACUCCUGGAGCUCGUACGCCCGGUGCGGCUCCUGUGCGCGCCGGGCCGUCCAUCAACCUGGCUAGUCCUCUUGCUGGCAAGCCUUCUGCCAUUCCCGGCCACUUGCAGCAACAACAGCAACAAACACCACUAUCACCGCAGCAACAACAGCAGCAGCAGGGUGGCAGUCCAAUGGCUGGCGUUGACUCACCUGCUUCAUCAAAUUCUACCACAACGACUACAAGUGCCGCCGAGCAGAGAGAUAAUGCUAAGAUGAUUGAUGGCAUGACUUAUGAUGCCGGCGUUGUGGACACUGUUACACGUACCCCGCCACCAACCAAUGCAACCACCCAGGGAGAAAUUGCAGGCGCAGAGACCUCCGGCAUGGAUACCGCCGAGAGCAUUUUAAAAGACAAAUUGAGCGCUUCCCCUGCUGACCCCCGUCACCCUUUGGGCAGCCCCGACGAGCAGCGAGGCGGAGCUCAGGGGCUCGGCAAGUUUUACUUUGAGGAGAAGUAGAUGUGCAUUGAUUAGCAAUGGAUGCUAUUGCAUUUUGGGACGGCGAGCGGGUGCUUGGUCUGCCUAUGAAGUCUGUCUUUUCUCUUCUCUUUCUUCGCUUUGAAUCGAAUAUGGUUUACAAUUGCAACUCCCUGAUUUCUUUUGCCAAGGUUGCUGUCUUCUUUGCUUUCUCUUUUUUUUUUCCCC